CAAAAUUGCUCAACGGGAAGACAGGCGGGGGAAGAGACAGGCGUUGGCUCAGCCGGGGAGGGGCUUUCACCACUCCGGUCCCCAACCAGCUCACCAGCAACAGCCAACUUUUCCACUCUGCCCGGCCAGUUGCCGACCACAGUUAUGUCGUCCAGGUAUACCGCGGGCCCCACCGAAACCGAACGUUGCAUCGAAUCGCUGCUGGCGGUCUUCCAGCGCUAUGCCGGGAGGGAUUCAAACGCCAAGACUCUCUCCAAGAAGGAAUUCAGGACCUUCAUGGACACAGAGCUGGCCUCCUUCACAAAGAACCAGAAAGAUCCGGCCGUCAUUGACCGUAUGAUGAAGAAGCUGGACAUGAACUGCGAUGGGCAGGUGGAUUUUUCCGAGUUCUUGAACCUCAUCGGAGGCCUGGCCCAGGCCUGCCAUGAGCACGUGGCUUCCGCGCCCGGCGGCGAGGCCCCCAAGAGACCGUGACAGCAUCCGGGAGAUUUCAAACCUCAUCCUCCAAAUCAUUCCAAAAUCAGGGAAGGCUGUGCAACGUCCUUUACUUUUUUUAAAAAAAAUAUCUGAAUAAAAUCGAGAAUUAAAGCAGA